AUGCGAGGCGAACAUUGUAUAGCAGGAGCUACCAUCCUAUCCGCCGUGGCUAUCAUCUUGUUGAUAUUCGCGCAUAUAGGUCAAGUAGGAUCGGGAGCUUUGGUUAAUGGUAUUCAUUUCAUGGAAGUCAACGUUGCAGCCUACGGAAAUGGAUAUCAAGGAGCGAACAACAAAUCUGCAUCUGGAUUGUACGAUUCAAAGAAUGAUGCGUUGGGUUCUGGUAAAGGUUUGAGACAAUACUACAGAUAUGGUAUUUACAAUGCCUGUGCAUACCAAAAAGACGGAUCUGGAAUCUGCAAUUCCUCGACAUUCGCCUACCCUGCUGAACCACUCAGUCAAAUCUUGGCUGAUACUCCAGAUAAAUUCACCACUGAGACGAGAAAUGUCAUCAAGAACAUUGAUCCUGAACCUACGUUUGGUCAAGAUGGUUAUAAUCAUGCGAUGACCAGAGGUGGAAGUGCACUCAUCUUUAUCGGAUCAGUUCUCGCUGCAUUAGCUUUGAUCUUCGGUAUUAUCAAAGUUCGAAUUUCGUUCUUGGCUGCUGCUAUCUGUUCAGGUGUCGGUGCAUUCUUAUUGAUGAUUGGUGCGGCACUCUGGACAGCUGUAAUUGCCAAAGACAAUUUCGUAAAUACCGUUAAAGUGAGGAGUGGUGCUUCGCUAGGUAUCAACGUUUACGCUGGACCUUCCUUGUACUUGACAUGGGUAGCUUUCGCACUGGUCACUCUUUCCUGUGCUCCGUACGUCAUCGCAUGCUGUACUUAUAGAAAGUAG